ACAUCAUUUCGUUCUACUAAUUAAAUUAAAAAAAUCGUGUACUUCAUUGUUACCUACAGUUUCAUUACGCGAAAACAAUAAGGACCGAUCUUUAUUUGAAUCUCCCGGAUGCCUCGAGGAAGUUUUAUUAAUUUCAUUCGUACAAUUGGAGUUAAUGGAAAAAUUGAUUUUUUAUUAUUUGUAAAAUGUUUUAUGGAUGUUUCUUUUUAUUGAAAUACGUGUGGGACGAAUUUGACUGGUGCGCCCAUGACGUCAAUGGGAACAAUAGUUAUAGAUGGAGUCCAUAGGCGCGCGUGGUAUUUCCGUUUGAUCUUUGCAAAGAAAACAAAACCGUGGUCGCAGGAUAAAAGGCAAGAAUGGCGAACACGGCUCAUCUGGUCCGUCGGCAAAGCUCUCGCGAUUUGAAGCCCCAAAAAAGCGUGGACAAGCUCGAAAUGAAAGAAAUGAGAGGGAGAUUAGUGGUUGAUAAUAGGAAGAACAUCACCACUGCCAAUUAUGGGGCCACGAACGCAGCCUUUGAGGACUCCAGUCCUAAUACGAAGAACAAAACGGGGAAUGGGGGCGGGGUUAGUAAGCUCGGAAGUAACGAAGGAAAAGCAAUCUUUCGACCGGAAGCUGGGGAAGACGAGAGGGAAAAUUGGGAUAGUAAGCUCACUUUUCUAUUAGCAACCGUUGGAUAUGCUGUUGGACUUGGAAACGUGUGGAGAUUUCCAUAUCUCGCUCAGAAAAAUGGUGGAGGUGCAUUUUUAAUCCCGUACUUCGUAAUGUUGGCUAUCGAGGGUAUACCCAUAUUCUAUUUAGAAUUGGCGAUUGGCCAGAGAUUACGAAAGGGUGCUAUUGGUGUGUGGAAUCAGGUUUCUCCGUACAUGGGUGGUAUCGGAAUAAGCAGCGCUGUAGUAUCCUUCAAUGUAGCUCUUUAUUACAACACUAUUAUCGCUUGGUGCCUCUUUUACUUUGUCCAAAGUUUCCAAUCACAGCUACCAUGGGCAGAGUGUCCCAACAUCUACUUUCAGAAUGGAUCGUACGCACCCGAGCCAGAGUGUGUGGUAAGCAGUCCCACGCAGUACUUCUGGUAUCGAACGACUUUGAUGAUCUCCGAUGACAUUAAUACUCCAGAGUUAUUCAAUUGGAAGAUCGCUUUGGCGUUAGUUAUCGCCUGGAUUCUCGUUUACAUGUGCAUGAUCAAGGGUAUCGCAUCUUCAGGGAAGGUUGUGUACGUGACUGCCACAUUUCCGUAUAUAGUUUUAAUUAUUUUCUUCUUUCGCGGUGUUACUUUGAAGGGAAUGUCUGACGGUCUGCGACAUCUUUUUACUCCAAAGUGGUGGAAAUUAACCGAUCCUGUGGUCUGGUUAGAAGCGGGCACACAAAUAUUCUUUUCCCUUGGUUUGGCGUUUGGAGGUCUGAUCGCAUUUUCUUCUUACAACCCCGUAAAUAAUAAUUGUUAUCGAGAUGCCAUUAUGGUUAGUUUGACAAAUUGUUUCACUUCGAUGUUCGCUGGGAUCGUGGUAUUCUCUAUCAUCGGGUUCAAAGCUACCUUGGUUUACGAACGUUGUUUAUCAGAAAGAAAUUCUACUUUAAUGAAUAUUUUUGGUCAGAUUGAUAAAAUUCCAGACGAUAUACCAAUCGGUGGAACACUCUUAAACAUCACCACAGGAAAUGGAACGUUGGACAAUUUAAUCAUGCCAGAAUUACCUGAAUGUGAUCUUCAAAAAGAAUUAGAUAAUUCAGCAUCAGGUACAGGCUUAGCGUUUAUCAUAUUCACGGAAGCAAUCAAUCAAUUUCCGGGUGCCCAAUUUUGGUCCGUGUUAUUCUUCCUGAUGUUGUUCACAUUGGGCAUUGAUUCACAGUUUGGUACCCUCGAGGGUGUAGUCACGAGUAUCGUGGACAUGAAAUUAUUUCCCAACCUUCGAAAAGAGAUCCUUACAGGUGGUAUUUGUUUGGUUUGUUGCGUGAUUUCAAUGGCAUUCGCCCAUGGUGCUGGUAGCUAUGUUUUUGUACUGUUCGACAAUUUCAGUGGAAACUUUCCUCUGCUGAUUAUCGCCUUCUUCGAAUGCAUCGCAGUAUCAUACGUGUACGGUCUAAAGAGAUUCGCCGAUGAUAUCGAACUGAUGACUGGCAACCGUCCAGGCCUUUAUUGGCUAAUCUGUUGGAAAUAUCUCAGUCCAUUAGCCAUGCUGAGCAUUUUAGUUGCCUCGGUCGUGGAAAUCCUUGUCGAUGGAAGUGGUUAUCCAGCUUGGGUUGCCAGCAAAGGUAUCACAGAGAAGCACGAGUGGCCCAUGUGGUCCAUUGGUCUCAUUGGUCUUCUUAUUCUUGCCUCUGUUCUUUGGAUUCCUGCAGUUGCUAUUUGCAGACUUUUUGGAAUACUGAUAAUCGAGGAUAACGAGAAGGCCUGGUUCCCAGCGGCCGAUUUGAAAGAAUUCCAUGGGAUCGUGCCCCAUGAAGUAACACCAGCCGAAACUUUGUUAUUCUGUAUAAGAAGCGACGGAUCAGAGGGUUUGUGUUGCCCGACAGGUGGUCCCAGCGACGACGACGAGGAUCUCACCUAGGAAUGGUUAUCCUCGUGCAUGUUAGAUUAACAUGUGUUUAAAUGGUUCAAAGACCGAGAAACAGCAUUUUUUUACCCGAUAUCAACGUUGAUGAUUAAUUAUAAAUUUCAUUCCUUGCCUCGGUUUAACAUUGAUACUUGACGAUAUCCUUCCUCUUUGUUUUUUAGCGUAUUACAAGGGGGUACCGUGUCAAUUACUCUAAAUAUGACAUUUAUAUAAUUCAGUCUAUAUUUAAGAUUUAACGACCUUUUUCAUAGACGGUGUUUCAUAAAUAAGAGAAUAUAGGACAUGGUAGAUUGAAAACUAAGCAAGGUACAGAUAAAUUUGGAAGUAUUAAAAUCACUAAGGGUUGUUUUUCGUUUAUAGACGUGUCUCUCUGCUGUGUUUCGAGUCUCUGAAUCAUUUAACGAUGAUAAACAUGUCAAUACUCAUUCAGAAGGUAAGUCUGAAUAAUAAUAUGAAAAGAAAUAAAUGAAGGGGAUAGAAAAGGAAAUAAGAAACUGGAAGUUUUACUUAAAGAAAAAAGUAAAAUUCAAGUUGAGCUUGCAGUUUCUUGAUUUAUACAAAUAUAGAUACAUCUCAGUUACUGAAUUUUAUAGUUUAAUUCAAUUUGUUCUUCAUGCUGGUUAUAUCAUAUUAAAGAAAUUUAUGAAACAAAGUAAUAAUGGAGAUAAAAGGAACUAGAGGCUAUUGGAAGUUGAAUAAUAUUAAAAUAUUUAAAUACUAAAAAUAAAAAGAAAAAGGUAUACGUGUAAAAUAUUAUAAAGGGGAAGUUAUCAUUUUAUAAACGAAAUCGUGAACUUCAAUACCAUUCGUGAGAUGUAUCGUAUAUGCAAAGACUAUGUCAUUUGGCAGAUUGCAGAACGUAAUGAAUAGAAUAACAUUGAAGUUAAAUUCCAGAUACUUUUACCGCUUAGCAAACGUGAGAUAUAAGAUUAGAAUAGGAACCGUCCAAUGGGCGUGAAAAAAAAAGAAACGUUCCCGAUUUUUUUAUAUUCUAUUUAGUUUUGUUUCAGCGAUCCAUUGAUUAACCCCCUUGGACAAGGGGUAGCUGAAACAGUUUCAAUUUUUAUUUAAUUUUACACUGUUCAGAUGUUAUUCUUUUCAGUUUCAAAAAUUGAAAUGGCUAAUUUUAGAAGAAUUAUUAUUUUAUGAAUUCGUAGGUAUAGAUCACGAUUGAGGGUGCUCGGGGGUUAAUUCUUUAUUCUGAUCAUAUCAUUGUGUGUUACCUUUUGUGAAUUCAUACAAGCUAUAAUUGAAAAUUUCGAUAAAUAUGGAAGAAAGAAGGUAACCGAGAAUCAUAUCAAAAUCUUGUUCAAAGGAAUGACCAAAUCUGAUGGAUUUUUAUAGUUGAUAUCCCACUGUAGCUGUGUUUUUAAUUGAUAUCAUCAGUUAUUUUAAUGAAACUUCAACAUAUCUCUCUCGUCGAAUUUGUAAGCUUUAUUUCUGUCUAAGUCUAGUAUCUAUCGAGCAUGGUACUUUUCUGUAGGGAAAAAUGGAAAAACUUGAUUUUUAGUUUGAGAACGAGAUUAACCUACCCCAUGAUUUUAUUUUUUGGACUAAAAUUCAUCCCCUCCUGUACCCCUUUGAAAGGGGUGGUGAGGCUCCUCUUCUAAGAUUCUAAAUUUUCAAAAUUCUAAAAUUCGAAAUUUCCAAAAUUCCAAUGGAAACUCUUUCCUCUACAAUACCAUUUUCCUAGGGAAGACUACUAUGUUCAGUACUGUACAAUGAAAAGAAGAGUGUUCACAGAAAGAAUAGAUCAGCACGAUUGGGAUACCUUUAUCAGGAUUGAAAGUAUAUGAUAGCGAUAGAAACGAACAUGAGACGAACGCAUGUCAAGCGUGUGAGUUUGCUUUUUGCAAUUUUACCGUGAUUUCGUCAAUAUUCUACGACGAACGUUCGUAACGUAUAAGGACAAUAAAAAUAAAACAACUUCUUAAGACUCGAUGAUGAGAAAAUCGUAACGACAAUAAUGCAAUCUAAUCGAUUGAAAUCAAAGGAAUACGACAAUAAUAAGGUCAAUGUAUGCACUGCACUAUCUUGCACAUUCACAGAGGCCUAUCAAGAAAUUGCUACGUCGAAGGGAUAGAAUGAAUUUCGUUCUCAUAUAUGUAUAUUUUCGUAUUAUUGACUAUACAAUGUAUUUUAUAUGUUAAGUUGAAACUUCAAUUUUUUGCAAUGUCGUACCUAUUUAUAUCGUGCAAUUAAGAUAGGAUACUUUUUAGAAAAAUUUUAUAAUGUCGAGGAAUCGGUCUCUCAACUGAUAUAAAAAAAAUUGUCAAAAAUUCUUUCAAAUCAACGUUUGAAAUUGGUCAUUUACGAGAAGGAGAAAACUAAAUCUAUUCCUUCGAUAGGGGAGAAAACUGUUCACUAGCAGAGACUAGAACAGUAGCGAGAUGCGCCUAAUCGCGUCUAUUUGUACUUCGGAUCUCUCUAUUUUGUAUGUGCGCUUUUGGGUAUGGUCUUUAACUCUUUCUAAUAAAUUCUCGAUAUCACAAAUUCUCAUACACGAUUCCAAUUGAAGCGGUUUGGAAAAGAGAGAGUUGUAGAACUCGCACACAAUACCGAAAAUUAGUCUAUCGUUAUGUAAGAAUGAGCAGAUUAUCUUUAUCUUCGAUUAAGUGAUAGUUGUGUAUUCGUUCUUUUUUUCUGUUUAUCAAGAAGGUGCUAAACUACGAUAACAUAAGCGCGAUUUAAUAUACAUACCCUAUUAUACAGGAUGUUUCAUACAAUUAGACCAAACUAUAACUUUAACAUGAUAAAAGAUACAAAAAAAAAAUAUUAUUAAGAACAAUUAAAUGGUGUCGGAUGGAACAUCACCUAAUGCAUACGAUUAUUGUAUUUCAUUUUUUCUAAUGGCAUUUUUAUCUAUCUUUUACCGUUUUGAAGCUAUAGCUUGACCCAAUUAUGUGGGACACCUUGUAUAAAUAUCGUUAAUGUACUUGUUAAGAUCCUGUUAUCGAAUUAACGAUUGCCCCGAAAAUUGUGUUACUCUCAACCUAUUAGUGAUUUACUCGUACUCGCAUAUUAUGAUUACUCAUAUGAUGUAGCUGUAAAUAAUUGUUGAAGUGUCUUUUAAAAUGUAAACCGACAAUAAGUGGAGGAUGAAAAAUCUGCCGCGUGAAACACGAUAAAUUUCCCUUGCGAUGAAUAGUACAAAUAUUUCUUUCACUAUGAUAUGUUUCGCGUGCGUUCUUUCGGAACACGAAACAUACGAAUAUCGAACAAUAAUUCAAUCGAUUGAAUUUUCAGUUUUCAUAUCAUUUUCGAAAUUUCGGGACUCGAAAGACUACGUUAGUGUAUAGAGUGUGCUGAUGUUGUUUAAUGGUUUUCUAUUCAAUUUUCUACUCUAUCGUGUUCCUCCAUGUUUUAACGAUUAUAUGGAACACUUAACACUUUUAGAACGGAUGUAAUCGCAAUACUUUUACUGCGAUAUCGUUAAACUGAGCAUGGCGUCUUACGACGUCGCUCGGUGGACAAGUCUGUCGUCUUAUUACGCCAUCCGCGCCGAAAGCGUUAAUACUUAUUGCUCAGAAUGAUAAAACAAAAUUAAGUAAGCGGUACAAAUACAAAAUGGAGUAACGAUUAUUUGCCCCAUAGAUAAGACAAUAAUUAAUGGACAAUAAUAAAGAGUCUUAAUAAUAAGAUUCUCUUAUUAUAAAUUGUAACAGCGCACUUUAUACAUUUACACGCUAAUUUAAAGUCCGUUGGAUUCAUAUCAAUAUCAGUAGAAUGAACGAAAAAAAAAUGUUAAUGAAACGUAUCAAUAUUACAAGAAAAUACUACGUGCUUAAUCAACGAUAAGAGGAAUGGAAUAUCACUAUUUUCUAAGUUUGUUCGAUUCUGUUCGUUGUAUGUAUACAUAUCCUACUAGGUUUCGAUAAAAGAUGUGUGAAGUCGUGUCCAUCCAUAUUUAAGAUGCAAUUAAUAGCACGAAACACGAGGAUUGUUUAUUCGAAGAGACACGAAUUUAGGCUGUAAAGUUAGUUGUCAGAGAUGAUUCGCGUUAUAAAAGUUUUAUUAACGAUACGUCAGGUAUCAGGUAAUCAACGUCGAUGUAGCUUGCAAUAAUAAAUAAGAAUAUACAGGUGCGGACGAUAGCUAACGUUAUGAUUAUAUAUAAAAAUCUAAUGAGUAUAUAUACACUGAUAUUACGUAUACGUAAACUGUACAUAUAUAUAUUGUUGUCAGUAGAAUGUUAAAAUAAAUACCGUGCGUGGA